AUGACUUGCAGGAAGCAUUAUGUAAGGCUCUGCUCGACGGAAGUCCUAUUUUCAAACAAGGAGGUGAGCUCCGAUCAGGAACACUUAUCAGGGGUUAUUUUCCUGAAUAGCCCGGAUAGCGUCGAGUGGUCUUGCAAUGAAUAUUUUCGUUUGUUGAAGCUCUACCGAGGGAAGAGCCAUACUUCGGCGCCGCCACAGAAUCGUCCUGUUUGCUACUUUAUCUGCGCCGAUGGGUCUUAUGAUGUACUCCUACACUAUUACAACACUCACUAUAAGGAGCUCUGUGAACUUGGGCUACUCCCUGAUGCUCCUGAAUUCGAUCAAAAGAUGGGUGCGGUUGUUCCUCUUCCACCAUUCCCGCUCUGUGAUAUUAUCAUCGGGGAUAUGGACAGUUCCGAACGCUUUAAAAACUAUAAAAACCUCUACACAGUCCAAGACCAAUCUUGCGACGAUUCCCCUCAAACUGUGGGCUUACCCUCCACUCAGAAGCCACAGUUUCCUUUCCUACCUAUAGGAGGCUGGUACGAACACAUCAAGCUGAUCCCGCGCAAGACGCUUGAAAAGAUUCGCAUACGCGCCUUGGCGUUAGCGCGAGGCAGUAACGAUGGUGGAUAUCCCGCGCUGGAGUCGAAUUUACCAUAUCUCUUUCCAAUUACAUGUCAAAUGUCGACUGAUUUCAUGAAAUCCAUGCUUAUUCUACGCCGUCUAAAACGUCUUUACCCAUGCGAUUUUCCGGAGUACUACGACGAUGACGUCCCGUUGUGGAUGGAUGAACAAGCACCGAAGCCCUUCAUCGAUUCUUUUGAUGAUGCCAAUAACGAUCAUGAAGUUUUGACGCAGGAGGAGCGCGAUGUCGCUGUCCCCAUUGAGUCGAUAUCGCAGACCAUCAUUCAACGGUAUAGGGACACCAUACAGAGCUUAAUUGAUUCCUAUGAAUCCCUUGCCAAGACGGUGCCGAAUCCCGACGAACAGAAAGGCGAGUCUUUUGUAAUAUCAGAAGGUGCAAACGAUGCAGAGGCCACGCGGUUGGAAAACAUGCGAUGCGCGAACCUCCUUAAGGAAGUUCAAAAGAACAGCAUCAUUGGUCAUAACGAGGGAGGGGGCACUCAUGAUGUCCUUCCUAUACACACCUGCAUCUUGCCUAAUGUUGCUAUCCUCGGCUCGCUCGGCGGUCGCUAUGACCAUGAGAUUGCCACUGUUUGCUCGCUCUUCAACUUUGAAAGUGAAUUUCAUAUGAUUCUGACAAACAAGUGGAAUGUAAUGUUCACCUGCGCUUACAAUAAUAUAACUCUCUGGUUACGCCCUUCCUUGGAUGGGCAUAAAUCCGACAGGGUGGAAGGCGCCCCAGAUGCCAUCCUUGGUGACGCAAAGAACAAUACCGACAAGGUCAAGGAAAUAAAAAGCGGUACCGUUUCCGACACAGCUCCGAAGCAAGAUGGAACUAACUGUCAGAAUUACGAGGGCAAGGUAUGUGGUAUCAUUCCUUUUGGGCAUGUUAUGGAGAUGGAGACGACAGGCUUCCUUUACAACAUCGUAAAGGGCCGCUGCUGUCCGCCGUUGUUUCACUACGACGGCGUGACGCAGACUGAUCAGUACGUCUUUUCUUUCUCGGGUAUUGUGUCAACUUCGAACAUGGCGGUGGAACAACUGAUGUUGGUGGAUUUGCGAAUUUUGUCCCAUAAAAAUGAUGAUAAGCUCCCACUAUCUGUAAAUCCACCUACUCUUCUUACGACAACACGUCAUGCUUAUAGUGAAUAA